AUGGUUAUUUUCAUAUUUCUGUGUAUUCUUUCUCUGGCCUCUGGUUUUAGUUCAAACGAAACUCAGUUGUCCAUUGAUUAUUUUAAGUACAAGAAUGUGAAACUUGUAUCGUAUAUUACGUGUGAUAAGUUAUUCAAUAACAAUCUUCUUGCCAAAAUGUAUAUGGAAAAGAAAAUAAGGAUGUCACUGCACAACUUGAGUCAUAGAAAAUAUGAUUUUGAAACGUUCAUGGUGCCACACAACACUAGUAUAGGGCUAUUGGUCGACGGGGAAUGUAAUCACACUAAAGAACUCUACUUGGAGGCAGCCAAAUUAAAGUUAUUCGAUUCGACCCAUUCGUGGCUCGUGUUCCCUGAUGUCCAGGGACCUGAGAACGAUACAGAGGACUUCAUCGAUGAUAUGUUUGCCGAUGUGGAGCUGUAUGUUAACGCCGAUAUUGUUGUUCCUAGUUAUGUAGGAGAUCAUUACAAGCUCACUGAUGUUUACAAUUUCGGUAGAAUUCAAGGAAAUCCUUUAGAGAAAAUGGUUAUUGGAGCGUGGGAGCAGCGGGCAGGGCUCGUUAUAUAUAACAAAACUUUCAAAUAUUACCAACGCUGGGACUUUCAUAAUUUAACUUUGAGAGCGGUUUCUGUGAUUUUGGAACCACCCAAGGACUUCUAUCCUGAAAUCUUAACUGAGAUGAAAUAUACUCCUGGCAUCGUGAGAAUGACGAAGAUUGCUUCUUUGCUGCUUAAUAUUCUGAAAGAACAGCAUAACUUCAGAUUUAACUACACCAUACGCUCUCGCUGGAUCGGGUCGCCAGAACGGAACUCUACUCCGAUGGUGUCUAACGCUUUGCUGUGGGGUGACCAAGACAUAGCGAGCACGAGCGGACGAAUAUUCCCUAAGUGGUUGGAUUGGAUGGACAUAUUCUAUCCGCCUGUCACACAUUUAGAGACAAAAUUCUACUAUAUGAUCCCGGACAAAGGAAUUGGUGAUUACGAGAACCGUUUCUUGACUCCAAUGUCUCCGGCAGUCUGGUGGUGUUCUCUGGCCACUGCUGUGGUCUGCAUCUUCGGAUUAGCUGCUGCAGCUAUGCUGGAGAGAAGACCGAGUCCUGGAAUUUUUGCAUUUUUCAGUGUAUUUGCGACAACUUGUCAACAAGAUUUUGAAGACGGUGCGCCAUUAGAUGAAACGGUCUCUAGUCAAGGUCGUCGCGCAGCACUCCUGGUAGUGGGACUAACUAGUAUGCUUCUGUACAAUUACUACACGAGCAGUGUAGUGUCGUGGCUGCUGAACGCUGCGGCUCCGUCCAUCUCCGACCUGGACGGCUUGAUGAACAGCGACUUUGAGCUCAUCUUUGAGGACAUCGGCUACACCAGAGGGUGGUUCGAUAACCCAGGAUUAUUUUAUUUUAGUGGUUUUAAGAAUCCGAAAGAAGAUAUUCUCAGAGACAAGAGAGUGCUUCACACAAAGCGCAAGUUGCCGCCGCUACAGCCUGUUGAAAAGGGAAUCGAACUUGUGCGUACCGGACAGUUUGCCUAUCACACCGAGCCCUUUACGGCGAGUCAACUAAUAUCCAGAACGUUUAAAGAGCAAGAGCUUUGUGAACUUGGUGGUUUGCCAAUAAUGUUACCAGCGAACGCAUAUAUGUACGGACAGAGGAGGAGCCCUUACAAGAAGUUUUUUGUUUGGAGCCUGAUGCGAUUGUUGGAACGCGGACACAUCAGGGCGGCAGAGGCUCGCUUCUCCGGAACCAUCCCGCCGUGCUCGGGUCGAAUGCCACGGUCGCUGGCUCUGGGACAAGCAGCUCCUGCCUUUGUGCUCCUUGCUGCAUUCACUGUUUUAUCUGUUAUUAUUGCUAUGAUAGAGAGGAUUUGGUUUAGUUUCCAGAUGGAUUUACCUAUCUUACAAGAGCUUCUGAAGGCCAUCAAAGACGCAGUUUCCGGUUCCCGCCAGAACGACAGCGAGGUCGCUCUGCCAGUAUUUGAUCCAGCUAAAAGUGACCUUGGUGCUGAAUCAUGGUGCAACAAUAUUGAAACCCUCAUCCAAAGAGUUUGUAUGGAGUAA